AAUCUUAAGAUGCUGCUGGAUUCUGACAGAAGCACUGCAGCUAAAAGAAACUGAUCAAAAGAAGUCGAAAAGAAAACGUCGCAGGCAGAGAAAGAAAAAGGGAAAAAACACAAACAUGAACACAGACAGAAUCUUAGAAGAGGAUCUGACCCAGGACUCUUCAAGGAGAAGGAGAAAAGGGAAAGGACGCCGGAGAAGAGGGUUCGAAGAUCGCUACUUUGGCCAAUUUCAGUGUAAAAUCUGCCACAGAAGAUGGGAAAGUUCCUUUGUCUUCACAAUUGCUGGAACCCUGAAAGUAAAGUACAAACAGAGAUGUCAGAAAUGUUCGGAAGAGGAUGCCUGGGUGUUUCCCUUUGACCUCCAGUGCAUAUGGUGCAGCAUUUGCGACUGCAACCCGUGUGAGUGUGUAUGUGACGACUGCGAUGGACUGAUACAUACUCGCUUCAUGAAAGACGAAAAUGGAAAAUCAAUAGAAGAUCCAAAGUUCAAGUACUGUGAAUGUGAACGCCGCCCAAGAAAGAAAAUUGGAGACAAAAUUGAUGCGAAGAAGCCACACCGCUCAGACUUGUGCCAGCGGUGCCAGCAGGGGCGAUACUGCAGUCAGAGAAUCUACAAGGGCGAAGAGGAAACGGGAAAUGAUCGUGAACCUUGAUUGACUCAAUCUGAUCGCCUCGGCUACAUGUUGAGUUUCUUAUGUUUUCCCAGCGAUGAUGAAAAUUUUUUAUGCCCCAGUUUGCUUUGUUGUUAUGUUGACUGAGCUUGUGAUGAUUCAAGUUCCUGCACUAAAAUAAAAAAGGCAGAGGAGAAUGCAUGGCUUCAGAUAACAGGAUUAAUAUAUUAUAAGUUAUUUAUAUAAUUUAUAAUUUAUUUUCUAGUCACAUCGCCAGAGUGAAAAAUAAUAUGUAAUUAUCUUCAAGAGCAACUUAAAUUGAAUGCUUUUGACAAAUUCAGCUACGUCGUAGAGCAAAGUGAUAUCAAGUAAAAAUCAAAUGGUUUUGGUAUUACAUGUGACAGCUUUGAACACAAAUCUGUACAAGAAGGGAAGGAACCUCGACUAGGAUUUUCAUCAGUUUGGCCAGUAGCGUAACCCUCCAUGUGUCAUUAAAUUAACAAAUAGCCUGUGGUGUUAGAGGAAAGUAUAUAGCAGUACAUGACUUCUCUGGUUUAUGUUGGCAAAUGUUUGAGGGCAGGAAAACCAAGCAAGCAAAGGCCAUGAAACAACAUUUUCAGAGAGAAGAAUAAAUAGGAAAUAAUAGAGUUCAUUUGUUAAAGAGUUGAAAGGUUUGGCGAAAUGAGACAAAUGCACCAAAAUGAAAUCUCAAAUUUUGUUCGAUUUAAUCGGUCGCAAUACCACAAAGAGAAAUCUACUGUACGUACGGUUGAUGUAAGCGGCCAGGACACCACAGAAUGACACUUUUAGUUGAAUCAAUUGGCUCGUGAGACAAGGAGGGUUAAAAUCAUUGAACAGCAUAAGCCUAUAGAAUCAUUCCAUUUCCAGUGAGGCUUGCCAUAACGCAAAGCUUAUAUGAAAGAAGCUGCAGAGGUGCUAAUUUUUGCGGCUCAUUUAUAAAUCUGCCAUAAUUCUGAAAUGUCCUGUAUUUUGUAAUGUAAUACACUCCUGCUUUAACAUUUACAAUGUAUUUAUAUUUUAAAAUCUUUAGCAUGUCAAAUUGUGCUUUAUAUAAAAAUCUUGAUACAAGAUGCAUUAGACAGUAUGCUACGGAAAUAUGAAGUCCCCUCACAUGUGUUUCCACGGGGUUAGAAAAAUUCCGGAUGUAUUUUUAACUGUAACUGGAAGAAAUAGAUCAACUUUUUUUUUCGCUAAUACUAAUAAUACAAUUGACGAGGUCAAUCUGUGGGUGCUAAAUAAAGCCAGGAAUCAAUGUGCACUGUAAAUAAUAUAGAAGGGAUGUGGGCUAACAUUUGUUUCUUCUCUCGUCAUUUAAAUCAGGGUUGUUUUGUUUUUUUCAUGUGUCAGUUGAAAAAGUGAAGAACAUAACGCUACCAUCAUU